GGUGAAUGCCGGAGCUAAAUUAUGUGCAGCACCAAAUUGCUGCUUGCUGAACAUGGUUUCUUGUAAUCCUUUUGCCUAUGCGGUGAUGAUCUCAACCCAUGAGAAAGAAUGGUGAAUACUGAAGCAUGAAGCUAUGUUCCAUUUCACCACCACUUGGAGAAGUUAGCAUCAGAGGAUCCUGGUGUUCGUGGAAAAGCAGCUGGAUCAAAUUACGGUGGAGGGUCAUUUUACAUGACAAACCCUGGAAAUGUCCCUCCCGUUUCCAAGCCUAGACUUUCACCCCUUCCUCCAGAGCCUGCUGAUUUUCACAAUGAUCGUGGUGCAACAGUUGAUAUUCCUCUUGAUACAGAAAAGGACUUAAAGAAAAAGGAGAAAGAACUUCAAGCAAAGGAAGCUGAAUUAAAUAGGAGGGAAAAGGAAAUCAAACGAAGGGAAGAGGCUGCAGCCCGUGCCGGUAUUAUUAUUGAGGACAAAAAUUGGCCACCCUUUUUUCCUAUUAUUCAUCAUGAUAUUGUGAAUGAGAUACCUGUCCACUUGCAAAGAUUGCAGUACUUCGCAUUUGCAUCUUUGAUAGGUUUGACCGCAUGCCUAUUUUGGAAUAUUGUAGCAACUACAGCAGCUUGGAUUAAGGGAGAAGGUGUAAAGAUCUGGUUCCUUGCCAUCAUUUACUUUAUUUCUGGAGUUCCAGGAGCAUAUGUCUUGUGGUAUCGACCUCUUUAUCGUGCCAUGAGGACUGAUAGUGCUUUGAACUAUGGAUGGUUUUUCCUGUUUUACCUGCUUCACAUUGGCUUUGUCGUCUAUUCAGCUGUGGCUCCUCCACUCAUUUUCCAUGGAAAAUCUUUGACAGGUAUUCUGCCAGCUGUAGAUCUUAUCAGCGAAGAUGUUUUGGUUGGGAUCUUCUAUUUAGUCGGAUUUGGAUUGUUCUGCAUUGAAUCCCUGCUCAGCAUCUGGGUUAUGCAGCAAAUAUACAUGUAUUUCCGGGGGAGCGGGAAAGCUGCAGAAUUAAAGCAUGAGGCAGCUCGUGGUGCUCUGAGGGCUGCAAUGUGAUUUACAUAUACAUCACUGGUCGCCAAAAGACUAAAUAGGAUAUACGAUGGAAUCAGCACCAAAAAUUUUGCAUUAAUGCUUUCUUUGUUUCUUCUGUCAUUGAAUUAUCUGACAGUUGACGUUUGGAUGUCACAGUGUUCGUCCAUGUGAGGGUGUUAUUUGAAGCUUCUUUGUAGCCGUAUUGGCUGCUUGUGUCUCAUAUGCUCUUUUUGUUUUGUGCUGUUGUGCUAUAGAACAACUACUUUCGUAAUAGUCGCGGACAGAAUGAGUUCAUGCGUCUGCUAUUCGUUCA